ACACGAAAAAGUUUAGUUUUUCCUUUAUUAUUUAAUUUUUAUUUACAUUUCGUUAAACGUUCAUUGGCCACGACUAUAGGUAAUGCAAGUAUUAGCAAUUUUGACGUCAGACAGAUGUUCGUAAAGCCAAUAUUCGGAAACAUUAGUAUGAAAACGACACACACAAUACCACGGUAGUGUUCUUCGAUUUAAACAGUUAUUAAAUUUUUAAUUGCAGUGCAGUUUCGUGACAUAGAUAAUAGUAUAAUCGUGUGUUCUUGCUCAUAUUAAGUGAUUAUAGAAUAUAUUCUAGUGUUUAAUUUGUGUUUAUUAUGCGUGGUAAAAGAUUCAAAAUGGACGACAAAAUAAGAUUAAUAACAAACGACAGAAUGGCGAAGUCGGAGAAAAAUAAUAUUGAUUUAAACAACUUUUCCUCAACAGCGGAACUGACUGCCCACCCUGGAUUCCAGUCAUCCAUCAGCAUAAUAUCUAAGGGUAAAGAAGACAAACCCUACAAUCCUUUCGAGCAUCGUAUGGUUGAGCAUCCAAACACAACAAUCGGCUCGAUCGUCCAUCUCCUGAAAGCAUGUCUUGGCUCCGGAAUCCUGGCUAUGCCCGCAGCGUUCAAAAAUGCCGGACUCGUCACUGGAUCUAUCGGAACCCUGCUAGCUGGUUUCAUCUGCACGCAUACUGUACAUAUUCUGGUAAAAACAUCACAAGAGGUAUGCGUGGACGCUAAGAAACCUUCAAUGAGUUUUGCGGAAACAUGUGAGGCUGCCUUUACUUACGGGCCUAAAGGCGUGCGGAAGUGGGGACAUUUUGUCAAAAACGUGGUGGAUUACUCAAUGGUCUUGGCUUAUAUCAGCGUGCUGUGUGUCUACGUAGUCUUCAUCGGCUCCUCAUUCAAAGAAACCCUGGACGCCUACAUGCCAGACAGCGAGCUCUCUAUUCAAACAUACUGCGCGCUGACACUAGUUCCCCUGGUCCUGCUGUGCCAAAUAAGGAACCUCAAGUACCUGGUGCCAUUCUCAGCGAUUGCCAAUGUGCUAAUCUUCGUCGUCUUUGCUAUUACCUUGUACUAUGUAUUCGUGGAUCUACCCCCUUUGAAAGAGAGGGAAAUGGUUGCUGAAGUCACACAAUGGCCCUUGUUUUUGAGCACUGUAGUCUUUGCAAUGGAAGGCAUUGGCGUGGUGAUGCCGGUGGAGAAUGAGAUGGCCAAGCCGCAGCAGUUCCUCGGCUGUCCAGGAGUCCUCAACAUUUCCAUGGUCAUUGUCAUCUCACUGUAUGGAAUCGUGGGCUUCUUCGGCUACGUCCAGUUCGGAGACCAGGUCAAAGGCAGUGUGACGUUGAACCUUCCUCAGGAUGAACUAAUGGCCCAGAGUGCUAAGAUCUUGAUGGCCUUCGUCAUAUACCUAUCAUACGCUCUGCAAUUCUACGUGCCCAUGGAAUGGAUCACCAGAAUGUUGAAGAAGAGAGAAUCUGAUAGAUACGAGAACGUCAUACAGAUUUCUAUAAGAAUCGUUAUUGUUACUAUUUCAGUCGCAGUCGCAGCAGCUUUUCCCAAUCUGGAACUAGUCAUCAGCUUCGUCGGAGCCAUCUUCUUUUCUACCCUUGGUCUUCUAAUCCCAGCGAUAGUAGACACAGUCUACCACUGGGAUAAAGACUUGGGAAAGUAUAAUUACGUACUAUGGAAGAAUACUAUCAUAGGAAUAAUAUCUCUUGUAGCUUUAGUGUCAGGAGCGUAUGUUUCCAUAUUGGGAAUGGUUGAGGAGUUCGGACAUCAGGAAUUGGAAGGAAGUCACAGUAACGUAACAAGCUUAUGAACGUCUAUAUAUUGUUAAUAGGUAUAUAUAAGAGUAUAGUUUUCUACCUAUGAUUGAUAGGAUACCAGUGGCGGAUAAGAGUCAAAAGAAAAUGAACAUUUUGUACAUUAUUGAUAAGUUGAUUUUCCGCUGUUAGAUAUUAAAAAUAUUUUCAGUGAUCGAGUUUUAGUUAUAAUGUCUAUUUCAGUGAAUGCAUACAAAUUUAAUGUAAACAAAUUUACUUACAAAUUUUUGACUGCCUCAGUGGCAUAGUUGUUUUACGAUUUGGCUGCAAUUCUAAGGUCUCGCGUUCGAUCCCCGGGUCAGGCAAAGUGAUAUUGGGUUUUUCUAAUCAGUAUCAACCCGGAAUCUGAAAAUUGUACCCAUUAAGGCCAUAGGCUAUCCCCCUAUCACAUCAUGGGAAGAAAUACACACGGUGGAAAGUGGGUGAAUGUCUGUAAAUAAAUUUAUGCAUUUAUUUCAGUAGAAAAUGUAUAUGUAUAUUUGCGUUAUUUUUAUGAUAUAUAAUAUUUUAUAUACUUACUUAAAAAACUAAUUUAGAAUACAAAUAGCUUAAAACUACUUUUGAUGUACUAUACAAACUGAAAUAUAGGCCCUUAUUUUGUUUUGAGUAGUAUAUUAUAAUGUAUUAUUUUUAUAUUUCUUUUAAAAUAAAAUAUGGUAUAAAUUUUCAUUAUUACUAUUGCCAAUUAUAAAAAUACCGCCACUUCAUCGUAAGCUACUUAGGACACACGACACGACUUACAUAUGUCGUCUGACAUUUCAAACUAUUAUUAAAUAUAAAUAUCUAUAAAAAAUAGAAAAAUCUAUUAAAUAUAGAAAUCAUUUGAAAAAGUAAACAUAAAAUCAAACGAAAAUAGAUCAUAGUACAAAUAAUUAUCUUUACGGCCGAUUUUAAUAAAAGGUCCCAAUUCUAAUAUUUAAUUCAAUCCCGAAAAUAAACCAAUGAAAAUAAGUAAUUUGUGAACAUGUUAGGAAAACCUUUGUUCUGAUUGGUCAAUUUUCGCGAUCGAUUGAAAAAAACGAUCGAGAUCGUUUACUGAGAAUUGCGGUUAUUGACACCUGAAGCAACAAAAUUUAUUAUCCGUUAAAAAUAACAAAUAAUAAAAAAAAAUUAAAAGUAUGAAUGGAAAUGUGUAGGUAAUGAGCAAAUUGGACGUGUAGAGUGACAUACCGCCAUUUUCAAUAAACGAUCUCAAUUGCUUUAUUUGAACUAUCUCAACAUGGACUAAUCAUAACAAAGAUUUUUUUGACAUGCUUACAAAUGAAUUAUUUUGAUUAAUUCAUUUUUGGGAUUGGAUUGAAAAUUGAGAUUGAGAUUGUGUAUUGAAAACGGUUCUAGGUCGUGACGUAAGACAAUAGCUAAACAAUGAUUUAAAAAAAACAGGUUUCCCUAUUCAGUCUACGAGGGCGAAUUCGCCUUUUUGCAAUUACAAAUGUUCUAAUCACUAGAUAGCACUCAUAGCCCUAUAAAAGUGAUUUUUUUGACUGUUUUAUAUUUAUGUCUAUAAAAAAAUCCUAUAACUAAAGCGCCCCUAUUUUCAAAAAGUCGAAUUAAAACCCGCAGGCGGAAAAGGACCCCCCAAUACAAUAGAAAAUUAUGGAACUAAGGUUAUUAUCACCUUGUGUCGUAAUAUGCGAAAAAAACGAAUAAUUAUGAACUAGAUGAAAAUGCCAAGUUCUAGUCUGUAAUUGGAAUAGUCUAAGUCGCUGAAUAAUAUAUCAAACGUGUUGCUUGCAAUGUAAAGAAAAUUUCACAUUAUAAUUUAUUUUACUAUAUAACCCAUGAGUAGUACGCAAUGUGCACAGUGUUAUAUUUGCUAUGUUAAAACCAGUGUGGUACACUUCGCGAAUGUCUUCCUUAUUUAGUAAAAACUUUAUGAUUCAGUUUUAUUAGUUAUCAUUGUUUUUGCAUCCUUUCCUUACAUAAUUUGAAUGACCUAGACAUAAUGCUUGUUUUGUUAUUCGUUGGCAAGCUAAUUGACAUGCGACAUUGAGUUUUAUACAUAUUUGAAAUUAGCACCACAUUAUUCACAUUUUUUUAACCACGUCUCAAUUAUUUUAAAAAAAUCGUCUCUUAAGUCAAUUAGCCUGCUGGCUGUCGUUAUAUUUUAUUUUAAAUGUUUUUAAAUAAGACAAUAAGUAAUGUACGGUAGGACUAGCUCAAUAAAACGUAAAUCGCUAUGAAAUAUUGUGUAUUGUAUAUAGUAUAUUGACUUCAAAUGGGAAUAAAUAAUUCAUUGAAUUUUAAGUCUUAAUUGUUUCGAGUACAAUUUAUUUUGCGUUCAAUGAAUUCCAGUCUUAUUUAUUAGCAAUAUGCUCAGAAGUUAAUCUUCAAGUUCACAAUAUCGAUAUUAUCUCGUGUUGCUGUGUAUUUGUAAAAAUAGGGCCAUACAAACUUCGAAUAUAACAUACAAAAUAUCCCAUUCAUCUAAAGCAUUAAAUAUGUAAAGACAAAUAACAUUUUUAUUACGACAUAAAAUUUUGCACCUUAAUAAAUUGACAGUAGGAAUUUAAAAUUUUUAUUGUAAUAAUAGACAUCUUAAUUAUGUUCCUUUCAAAAUAUAAAAUGUGAUGCACGUUUUUGCAAUGUUGUUGAAUAAUGCCCGUUUUGGCUCUACACUCAAUGACUUUAAACGCAAAUUAAUUUGUUUUUCAACGUUUCCGUACUAACAUAUAUUUUGUUUGUAUUACUGAAGCGACCAUAAUAUAUAUUUUUCAUAUUUUUGUUUGUAUAAUAAGUGAAUUUUGUUUUACAGGAAUAAUUUUUAUUUUUAUAAUUUGUAUUAUAUUUAAUGUAAUUAAUGUACAAAUUAAUGUUUAUUGUACAGAUAACUUAGAUAAGAGUUUCAACUUUAGUAUGACAUUAAAGGUGCGUUUCCGUUAAUAGAAAACGUGCGGAUGAGAAAAGUGGAAUUUCAAUAUUACCUAAUAAUUUCUUACCAUUGAAAGUAUUUUUUUACUGUUUAUAAUAUACAUGCAUUUAAAAUAUUUAAAAAAUAAUAAAUCAUCCCCCGAUGAUUAUUAUUACCUUUUGCAAAGACACUGGUAUAACGAAUUGCGGUGAACAUUUAUAAUUUAAUUGUUUUAUGUCUUCGCGUAUCGUCUGAGUACCCUUGGUCAACUAUAUUAUGUUUUACUUGCCAACAUUAUUCCUGCGGGGCUGAAAAUACGAUAUUACUUUAAAUUCUAUAGCGUCUCUGCACCGUUUAUCGCUUGAAUGGAAACGCACUCUUAUGUACAAGAGACCGUAAAUUAAAUUGUGAUAACAAUAAAUGAAUAUUUAGUUAUA